CUUGACUCCGGUUACACGGUGGGUGUCCCGGUGACAGGCACAUGCACAGCCUGGAGAUCCGGGAGCGGAGCGCCUGAAGAGAAGCGGCCUGACAGCAGCGCACACUCAUCGGCUCUCAGGUGGAGGUGGAGGACCGCGGGGAGGACGGAGGAGACUGACUCAUAAACUACAUCCAAGAUGGCACUAGCCAGAGAUCCAGGGACGGGCCAGGAGCAGAGAGAUGCAGCCGACCAAAACUUUGACUACAUGUUUAAGCUGCUGAUCAUCGGCAACAGCAGCGUGGGGAAGACCUCCUUCCUGUUCCGCUUUGCAGACGACUCCUUCACUUCAGCCUUCGUCAGCACGGUUGGCAUCGACUUCAAAGUCAAGACCAUCUACAGGAACGACAAGAGGGUCAAACUUCAGAUCUGGGACACAGCGGGCCAGGAGCGCUACCGGACCAUCACCACAGCGUACUACAGAGGAGCCAUGGGAUUCCUACUAAUGUAUGACAUCACAAGCCAGGAGUCGUUCUGUGCUGUACAAGACUGGGCGACUCAGAUCAAGACGUACUCAUGGGGCAACGCUCAGGUCGUGCUGGUUGGCAAUAAGCUGGACUUGGAAGAGGACAGGCAGGUCCCUGCUGAAGACGGCCAAAGACUGGCUACAGAGCUCGGCUUCCAGUUCUUUGAGGCCAGUGCCAAAGACAACAUCAACGUGAAGCAGGUUUUUGACAAGCUGGUGGACGUCAUCUGCGAGAAGAUGAACGAGAGCGUCAACGGCGAUGCCAGCCCCACAGCCAAUCACAAGGAGGGCGGCCUAAAGGAGGCGCCCCGCAGCACCCCGGGAGGCUGUGCAUGCUGAUGGCUGCCAGUGGAAAUUCAUAGAAAGGGUUAUAUCGUCACACACACAUACACAGAUAAACAGAAUUGUCAGAAAUCUAUAUCACUGUGAGUUAUUCAUGUUGUUGCAAUAUUAUCAUUUUCUUUAAAUUGUAUCUUUCACAACUCGGUGGCGAUUCAUCGUAAUUCGAAUGUGACUGUUACACUGAGAUGCCAAAGAGCUGCAUCGAGCAGCUGUGCCUUUUGCCCGACGCCUCGGCUUCAUUAUUUCUUGUUCGGUGCGUAAACUGCACCUGUUGCAAUUGAGGGUGUGAAUGAAAGGUAUGAGCCAAAAAAAAAAUUCAGCAUGACGUUGGAUCACUGUGAUUUACUUGUGUCAUGCUGCCCCCUUGUGGGCGCUGCAUGAAAAUGCAUCACUGUGACUCAGUACUGCACACUGUGUAUCAUGUGAACUUCUAAUCCUGUCGAGGAAGUAGAAAGUAGAAAGUCAAACAUACCUGAAAGGUGUUGUGUCAUUCCAGGUCUAUGUGCUCAGUCCAGACUUGUACUGAGGGAUAUUCUCAUUGGCUUUUUAUUUAUAUUUUUGUGUUUUUUAUUUUUAUUUUUGUACCUUUUAACGGGUAAUGCUGCUUCGAUAUUUCCUUUGCCAGGUUUAUUGUGUCUCUCUAAAAGUGGGGAAUAAAACGUCUACACAGUGUGUCUGUUGGUUCUUAUUGGAAUUCAUUAAAUGUUAUUUUUCUGAAUAACAACACAAAUAAAUAACUGCGAAAAUGU